GGAAUAAUUUAUUUCGUUCAUUGCCCGUGCCGGUGAAAUAUAAAACAACAAAAUGUCGGACGAUGAAUGCAUGUACGAUGAUGAGGAAUAUGACUUGGAGUACUCGGAGGAAAGUAACUCUGAGCCAGAUGUUGACCUAGAAAAUCAGUACUACAAUUCUAAAGCCCUCAAAGAAGAUGACCCAAGGGGUGCCCUGGAAAGUUUUCAGAAGGUUUUAGAGUUGGAAGGAAAAGAUAAAGGAGAAUGGGGCUUCAAGGCGCUCAAACAGAUGAUCAAAAUCAACUUCAAAUUGGGGAAUUUCCCAGAGAUGAUGAAACGAUACAAACAGUUAUUAAUGUACAUCAAAUCAGCUGUUACAAGGAACUACUCGGAGAAGUCCAUCAACUCUAUUCUGGAUUACAUCUCCACAUCCAAACAGAUGGAACUUCUGCAAAAUUUUUAUGAAACAACACUAGAUGCCCUCAAGGAAGCCAAAAAUGAGAGACUGUGGUUUAAAACCAACACCAAGCUGGGCAAGCUGUACUUCGACCGGGGCGACUACCAGAAACUACAGAAGAUCCUCAAACAGUUACAUCAGUCCUGUCAGACUGAUGAUGGUGAAGACGAUCUGAAGAAAGGUACACAACUGCUGGAAAUAUACGCACUGGAAAUUCAGAUGUACACAGCCCAGAAAAACAACAAAAAACUAAAGACUUUGUAUGAACAGUCUCUCCACAUAAAAUCUGCGAUCCCCCACCCGCUGAUCAUGGGAGUCAUCAGAGAAUGUGGAGGGAAAAUGCACUUAAGAGAAGGGGAGUAUGAGAAAGCACACACUGAUUUCUUCGAAGCUUUUAAGAAUUAUGAUGAAUCAGGAAGUCCUAGGAGGACAACUUGUCUGAAAUACUUGGUGCUUGCCAACAUGUUAAUGAAGUCAGGAAUUAAUCCGUUCGAUUCUCAAGAGACAAAGCCCUACAAAAAUGACCCAGAAAUCUUAGCUAUGACAAAUUUAGUCAGUUCCUAUCAAAAUAAUGAUAUUAAUGAAUUUGAGAAAAUCCUGAAAACAAAUAGACGGAAUAUCAUGGAAGAUCCCUUUAUAAGGGAACAUAUUGAAGAUUUACUGAGAAACAUCAGAACACAGGUGCUGAUUAAACUGAUCAAGCCGUACACCAGAAUUCACAUCCCCUUCAUUUCUAAGGAACUGAAUAUUGACCCUACAGAAGUGGAAAAUCUUCUAGUUUCUUGUAUCCUUGAUAGUGCUAUUCAUGGCCGGAUUGACCAGGUGAAUCAGGUGUUGGAACUGGACAGAGAGAACACAGGAACAGCCAGGUAUAAUGCAAUGGACAAAUGGACAGCCCACCUACAAAGCCUCCACCUGGCUGUGGUCAACAAAACAACGUGAUCUUGUCCAGUGAUGUACAUCAAAUAUACCAUUUAAAGUAACAACAAAACUAAGUGAUCUUGUCCAGAGAUGUACAUCAAGUAUAACAUUUGAAUUUACAACAAAAUGAUGUGAUCCUCCACUGUAAUUUUACCUCAAAUACUGUACGUGUAGUUAUUUUAGCGAGAUUCAAAUUUUGGCAGUGAAGUAAGAGUGCUUAUUUAUGGUUGCACUAUGAUAUGAUAAUCUCUAUUAAUCUAUUAAUAAACGCAGAACAAGCACUAAAUCAUGAUUAGGCCAAAUAGUGCACCAGCUCCUACUGUGCCCAAUUUUGAAUACGCAAUAAUAAGUACACUUAAUAGCAUACAGCAUUCAUUUUUACAACAAGUGCUCCGGUUUUACCUUGUUUCAAUUAAAACAUAAUCCUGUUAACUAUUUUACUCCCCAUCUCUAAAAGUCUUAACAGCGAGAUUUUUGACGUAAAUCUUGUAUUUAUUUAAAAAUAUUUCACAACCUUUCUACAACUCUGUGUAUCCCAAUUACUCAGUGACUGGACUAUUGUACAAUGUAAUACUAGUAAAUAUAGAUCAAAUAUGUACCUGUAUUAGAAAAUAAUAUGAGUUACAUAAAAUUGUAGUGAAUGAGGAGUUGAAACGCUAAGACCAUGAGAUGGUCACCAGGAGCACAUUUGGUCGUUUUGUUUUGUAGUUGUGUGAUUGAAAUGUAUGUGUUUGUACAAUUGUAUUGUCUGUGUGCACUUGUACAAUUAAAAGAGACAAUUUUUGUUCGUUCCUGUAAUGCAUAUGAAUGAGAUGAAUAAAACAAAUCAUGCUGCA